AGCGACAUACAUGGUUACAAGAGCUCUGCCGGUUGUAGACAGUGCUGUCGAUAGGUGUGUGCUGCGAGAUGUUGGUAGCUGCUGGUCGUGUGACGUUAACGUUAAGAUGUAUUCGACCCGUAUUCGCUAAAUGUGCCGUGGCUCCGUCAUCAUUCGGUGCUAUUAGACAUAAUAGAGGGACAGAGCUACCUGCUGGGAGCGUCAGACGGAUACAGAGUGGAGCACGCAGCGGCACGCAGCACGUUACUGCAGCCUACUGACCUGAGAGAGGGCAGCACUGUGAGUUGUGGGACGUGAAGUCUUGUCUCACUAUGUUGUCUUCCUUCCAAGGAAAGCUGGUGCGGAAUGGAGUGGACAAUAAAGCAGCGGUGAUCUGCAUUGAGGGGAACAUUGCCAGUGGGAAGACUACUUGUCUGGAGUAUUUCAGCAAAACUAGCAAUGUAGAGGUCCUUACAGAACCAGUCUCUAAAUGGAGGAAUGUCCGUGGGCACAACCCUCUGGCUCUGAUGUACCAGGAUCCUGAGCGCUGGGGCAUCACUUUGCAGACAUAUGUUCAACUCACCAUGCUAGACAGGCACAUGUCAGCAAUAUCAUCCCCUGUCAGGAUGAUUGAGAGGUCCAUCUUCAGUGCCAAGUACAUCUUUGUGGAGAAUCUCUUCAAAAGUGGGAAAAUGCCAGAAGUGGACUAUGCUGUUCUCAGCGAGUGGUUUGAUUGGCUCACAACUAACAUUUCCAUUCCUGUUGAUCUGAUUGUGUACCUGCAGACGUCUCCUCAGACCUGCCAUGAGAGGUUGAAGCAGAGAUGCAGAGAGGAGGAGAAAGUCAUUCCAUUGGAGUAUCUGGAGUCCAUCCACCAGCUGUAUGAGGACUGGCUCAUCAAGCAGAGCUCCUCCCCUCUUCCUGCUCCUGUUCUGGUGAUUCCAGCUGACCAUGACCUCCAGAAGAUGCUGCACCAGUACGAAGAAAACCGUGACAAGAUCCUAGCAGCUAGCAAUCUUUGAUUCAUUCUACAAUGUGUGCAGUUUUUUAGGUUCAGUUGCUAUUUAUUUUGCACUGAUUUAUAAUUAUUGAGGCAUUCAUGUGUUAAUGACUUUAAUAUUGUAACUGCUAAAGGUGAAGCUAAUUUUUAUUAUGUUGCAUACUACUGGAAAGAUUCAACUAUAAUAAUAAAACAUUAUAUAUUAGUUGAUU